UAAUACAAUAGUUGUCAAAUUACUUAAAUCUAAGGAAGCAGCCGUAUUUGUUGAUCCUAAAACCUGGCCAACUGUUUUAGAUACCGAUGAUCUCACCAAGAAGAAGUUAGCGGCAGUAUAUCGCGCCCCUACACCUGAAAUGAUCUGUUAUUUAGAUUUCAGUGUUUCAACCACUGGUAUGUUAGCUGGUGUCAAGUUAUCCCAUGCAGCAGCGACAGCGUUAUGUCGUGCGCAGAAAUUACAGUGUGAACUCUAUCCAUCUCGUGAUGUUGUUUUAUGUCUAGAUCCAUAUUGUGGUCUUGGUUUCGCUCUUUGGUGUUUGAGCAGCAUCUAUUCUGGUCAUCAUUCCAUUUUAAUUCCACCGUCUGAAGUUGAGGCUAAUCCUGCUGUAUGGUUAACAGCUGUCAGUCAAUAUAAAGUUCGUGAUACAUUUUGUUCGUAUGGUGUAAUGGAAUUAUGUACGAAGGGUCUAGGUACAUCAACUGUUGCAUUAAAGACUAAAGGUGUGAAUCUCUCGUGUGUACGAGCAUGUGUUAUCGUAGCUGAAGAACGACCAAGAAUACAACUAACAAGUUCCUUCACUAAACUUUUCGCUAGUCUAGGUUUAAGUCAUAGAUCUGUCAGUACCAGUUUUGGUUGCCGUGUCAACGUAGCCAUUGGUUUAACGGGUGCAUCGUGUCCAGAACCAACAACAGCCUACGUAGAUCUGCGUGCGUUACGUAAUGAUAGAGUUACGUUGGUGGAGAAGGGAAGUCCUAAUAGUAUGUGUGUAAUGGAAUCUGGAAAGUUAUUACCAGGUGUUAAAGUGGUUAUUGCUAAUCCUGAAACUAAAGGUCAAUGUGCUGAUUCACAUCUAGGAGAGAUUUGGGUGAGCAGUCCACAUAAUUCUACAGGAUAUUAUUCAGUUUACGGUGAGGAAUCAUUAAAUCAGGAUCAUUACGAUUCAAGACUAGAAACCGGUGAUGUUGGUACCUCGUACGCUCGAACUGGUUUCCUUGGUUUUAUCAGACGAACUGAAUUAACCCAGUCAGACGGAGAGCGACAUGAUGCUAUAUUUGUUGUUGGGGCUCUAGAUGAGACGAUAAUGUUACGUGGAAUGAGAUAUCACCCAAUGGACAUCGAAAACAGUGCCCAGCGAUGUCAUCGUAAAAUAUGUGAAUGUGCUGUGUUUACAUGGACCAAUCUUUUAGUUGUUGUUGUCGAACUGGACGGAAACGAAAAUGAAGCUCUGGAUUUAGUUCCCUUAGUAACCAAUAGUGUAUUAGAAGAUCAUUAUUUAAUUGUGGGUGUCGUGGUGGUUGUAGAUCCUGGAAUCGUGCCAAUAAAUUCUCGCGGAGAAAAACAGCGAAUGCAUCUACGUGACGGUUUCUUGGCUGAUCAGUUGGAUCCCAUAUAUGUAGCAUACAAUAUGUAAAUAAUAUAGAGGAACUAAUAAACUAGGGAGUGUAAACAAAUAGCAGAAAAUACUUACUUCUCCCUCCGAUAAAACUUGAGGAUGUAUGCAAUUUGAUUGGUUGAUUACUGAAUACUAGGGAGUGUAAACAAUUAGCAGAAAUUACUUUCUUCUCCCUCCGAUAAAAGUUGAGGAUGUCUGUAUGCGAUUUGAUUGGUUGAUUACUGAAUACUGGAUAAACACAGCUUGUUUUACUUGACACUUACUGUUCAGGCGUUAACCGAAAGGUUGGGAAUUUUUACGUGGAAAUUCAGUUACUUAAGUACAGAACCAGAGACCUGAACUGACUUUUUUUAUCUUCUAAAAGGAAAUAAAACAAUUUGUUUAGAUACUUUGUGAAGGUAUUGUUCAUCUUACAUCAGACUGAAAUUCGUCAAUGAUUUUAGAUCAUUAAUUUACUAUCAUUUCUAUGAAUGGUCUUAGGUUGUUAAAUUACGGAUCAUUUCUGUCAAUGGUUUUAGAUCAUUAAAUUACGGAUCAUUUCUGUUAAUGAUUUUAGAUCAUUGAAUUACGGAUCAUUUCUGUCAAUGGUUUUAGAUCAUUAAAUUACAGAUCAUUUCUGUUAAUUAAAGUUAUGGUUGUUAGAAAUUUACUGGAUUGUCUGUUGCUGAUGUAAAACAACGCUGUUGAACCUGGAAUUACUUGUUCUUCUUCUUGAAGCGACGCAGUUAAAAAAUAAUACAAGUAAUAUCAACAUGAAACCUGACAUACCGUUCUGUGCAUCGAUUGAGGGACUUUGAUUUUUGAUAUGACGUCACAAUUUCAAAAUGGCUACAAUGACAUCAUGUUUGACCCCUGGUGCAUAUAAUACGCUCGUACUUUGUUUGAAGACAAAUCAGACAUUAAAAGUGAUAUGAACCCAUAAUGCUGCUGUUGAAGAAGUAACGCAACGGAGAGGUCUAUGACGUAAAGUAAUAACUGUGUGUUACGUGGAAUAAAUUCAUCCAAGAGCUACGAUUCUACGGAGUUUGAUACACCUGACCAAUCGUGAAGAAAAACGUUUUAUUUUGUAAUAAAUCGCGAACAUCCUAAUUUUGUAUAUUUUACAAAUAUCACGAUAUACUAACAAGGAAGGAAUCUUUUAUACAGUUUGUUAGAUUUUUUUUUUUGUGUAUUUUUUUGUGAGUAAACAAAAAUUCAUUGGAUACAUUCAUUCAUUACCAGCAUGUUAACAUACCACAACGUUUCAGUAAAUGUGCUUGUAUAGCUUUUUAGUAUCAAGCUAGUGAAAUUUAUUAGACAUUACCAGUAAUAAUUAAAUUCUGGUUAGUUCUGUUUUAUGGCUUUUUGUAUGUUUGGUCGGUUUAUUUUUUUUUGUUAUUUUGUUAAUGAAUUUUGAUAUCAUUACAAUAGCCAAGUAUGUAUUUUACUUUAUAGCAGAUCCCCAAGUUCACAAAGCAUUCUCAAACGUAAGUUAAGAAUUUACUCAACUUUCAAUCACUGUUUAUGAGAAAUAUCUUUGAUCCAGAUACACAAAACUUUGCACAUAGUUCCUUAUUGGUGUAUUUGAUACAUUAAAACAAUAAAAGUUUUUAAAGGGCUAUAUUUGAGUUUAAAAAAGGCGAAAAUCUUUUAGUAAAUUAUUAACUUAAGUCUGAGAAUGCUUUGUGAACUUGAGGUCAGAUCUUUCAGUUAUUUCCACUCCACAGUACAGAUAAAAACAUGCUAUAAUCAGCCUUCAAAAAUAACAAAAUCCUGCCUUUCCUGGGAACUGUUAUUACCCUUAAUAUAUUUUGAUGUACCCUUCUCGGCAUUAUAUUGAUAUUGGUACACAAUACACUCAAUCAUUUGCUUCCAUAGUUUAGUUCGAGUUCUUUUAAAGCAUAAUUUAACCAAGACCAUAACAUAAUUAAGAGAAUAUAUUUUUUAGAAAUAACUCAAAUUACAAACUACUGCUUUUAUAAACACAUGUAUAUAACAUAGCCUAAACCUCUUUGAUUUAGUUUAAAAUAAAGUAUUGAAUUGGGUUCAUCUGGAUGGCCGAAUUGUUAGCGCGUGUGUGUUAAGGUCUGUCAUUGAGUCAACUGGCGUAGUUUCGAUUCCCAGGUUGUAUGUGACAAGGAGUAGGGUCGCCUGCCCAAUCUCAUGGGUUAUUUCUGGGUCCUCCGAUUUCCUCCCACUGCUAAAGACCCCUAUUGAAAUAAAAUUGAACCAUAUGUUAGUCUCAAAAUGACCUAGUUUGUGUCAAUUGGAUGUUAAAUAAAACAAAUUCCCAUAAAAUCCAGUUAAAUCGAAAAUCUUAUUUUGGACCCAAAUCAAAGAGGCUGUGCUAAUUUAAGAUUUGUAAAAUUUAACUAUUACGCAAAAUUGUAAUCAGUCAUUGAAUCCAGAAGUAAAUAUUAUACAUGUACAAAUAAAAAUGGUGCGAAUGCUUUUUCGAUUUCCAUGAAUAGUUUUCUUGUACUCCACGACUUUUUGUUUUAGUGCUAUGAUCUUGCAAUAUAAUAUUAAUAUAAUAAUAAUAAUUUUUUUUGUAUGAAAUUUGUAUAAAUUAUUAGGUAGAAUAAAUAUAUAUGAAUAUAUACAAAAAAUUAAAAAUGCUCAAUAUGUUUUUGUGUGUGUGGUUUGUUGCUAUUAGCGAUUGUAUUAAGGAGAAAUAAAAAUAGUAUCGUUUUAAAUCUGAAUUUUAAAUGGGUUGAUUUUGGUGUUUUCCCCGAUAAUCUUGACAACUUUACUACCUUAUAUUGAUACGUGACAUCUUGUAAACACACAGUUUAGAUAUUCCAUAAAAGAUGCAUCAUGUAAGAGGUAAAUUUUCCUAUUGUAGAUCUUUAUAAUGUUUUCAAAUCUUAUAUAAGCUAUUAUUUAGACAUUAAUUAACAUAGCCUAUAAUUAACUCUCUGGACCAUUGGAUGGCCAAGAUUUUAAAUGGAUUUGAACAAACUGCAAGAUUUAAAAAUUUAACGUUAAAAUGAAUAAUUGAGACUUAGUCUCGGUUGCAAAGUACCGUUGCUACGACGAUGAACAAUCUGCGCUAUAUCUUCAAACAGUCAUAACUUCGUCAAGAAUAAAGAAAAUUUAAUAAAAUUUUCAAUAUAUUCAUUUUGCAUUAUCUAUUUCUGAACUAUUUUAGCAAAAACAGCUCUUUAUCUAAAGCUUAUAUAAUGCAUCUUUAAGUAAGAAUUCAAUAUCAUGUCAUGUCAUCUUGUUAUUUAGAUAUGACAUCAUGCUGUCCUGCCAUCUUGUUAUUUAGAUAUGACAUCAUGCUGUCCUGCCAUCUUGUUAUUUAAAAGUGACGUCAUGCUGUGAUGCCUCCGAACCCAAUUUACAUCAUGUUUGUUUGUCAGAUCCUGUGUUUUUAUAUUCCAUUUUCUGGAGAGAAAAGAAAUAAGAAUUUUGAUUAUGGACACAGCGUUUCGAUUAUCGUAUAUGGGUACCUUGAUUUAAAGAUACAUUAUGUAAGAUUUAGAUAAAGAGCUAGCCAUUCUUGCUAUAAUAGUUCGAAAAUAGAUAACGAAAACGAAUAAUUUCAUUCAAAUUACUUUACUGCGAGUGAAGAAAUUAGCCUUUGAAGGUUUGACAAGACGUGCAAUAAUUUCAACCACCGUACUGGUUGUUCGAAGAUAAGUCUUGCUCCUUCAUUUUUAAAUUAAAUCAAAAUAUGGCUGAAUCAUUCUAAUCUAUUUAAUAUCGGAGAAAUCCGAUGCCAUUGAGAGUUGAUUAUGACCUGGAUCAGUUAAUUAAUAAUUUAGAAAACAUUUCAGGCCUAAAGAAAGACCUGCACUAGGCAGAUUUAGCUCUUGCAUAAUGUAUGUUUAAUAUUUUAGUUUUUGAUAUAAUAUUAACUGUAGGAGAACAGCACUAACUACUAAAAAAAACCAAUGUUGCAACAUUCCCAGGGAAUUAUAUCACAAAAAUACAUUCAAAUAUAUAUCAACAAGAGGAAUUGCCUCAAUUGUUUUAACUUGAUAACAAAGUCUUAACUUAUGGACUUAUCAAUCAAGUCUACCAUUUUAUUACCAUUUGUUGAUUGCCAAAAUUUGCCUUGAAUUUUGUUUUUGGUCACAAAUAUAAUUGUUAUUGAAUAACUCAAACCCAAGUAUUUUGUUUUUAUAAGAAAUGAUUUAUUUAUUAUUCUAGAAAGAGUUUGAAUACGGUAGUCUUUAUGGCAUCUUCACAGUUUUUAUACUCCCAGAUUUAAAUGUGGUCUUAUAUUGUCAUCACCCAUGUCCGUUAGUCCACAAUUACUUAUUGACACUCUAGAGGCCAUCAUCCUAUUAACUUGAAGUUGAUACACACAGUUUAUUUUCAAAUAUUUCUUAUAAUUACUUACCGAGUUAUUGCCCUUGAUCAAUCUAAAUAAUCUUGUGGAUAUUCUGGAGAGCAAAGUUAUCAUCUGAGUGUGACAAUCAUAAUAGACGGUUUGAAGUAUUUAGCUGCUUUUGGUGUAUGUUUCAUUGCCUGGCAACCGCUCUUAACAUUGCAAAUAUUGUCUCCAUUCGUAUUUGAUUAAUCAUCAAUAUGUUAUUAUGUAUUUUAGCUAAUUAGUUUAUUUAUUCUGAUAGUUAUAAGUCGUAGAAAAUAUUAGCUCGAUAAGAUCAAUCGUCAUAACUAACAUGUGGCAUGAUGGGAAAUAUUUCAACCAAUCAUACAUUGGUAUGAGACGUGUAAUCAAAUCAGUGGAUCAAAUCCGAACGUUAAAUCUAGCUAUCACUUCUUCAGAGGCCAUGUUUCCGGGGAAAUCUUUCAAACUACAAAUUGGCUUCUUAAAUUCUAAUGUUAAAAAAAAUAUCAGUCAGAUUUUUUUGUGAUCCGUGCUAUUAUAUUUUCCUUAAAUAACCUGAAACGACAAUGAUUAAAUUCAAAAAAUAUUUUCUGAACUAAAAAAAAAAAAAAAGGGUAUGGUAACCCAGUAUUGCCAAAAAUGCUGAGCUUGUUUUUUGGUGUGUUUGGCUUUACAUAAUGUCGAACAUGAAUCAUGUAGACAGAAAUAACUGUGUAAUGCGAUCGUUUUAUAUUAUAAUAAUAAUAUAUAUAUAUAUAUAUAAUUGUAUAGUCUGUGUUUUUUUUACCGCGAACAAACAAAAACUAUAUGAAUAAAUUAGUCGGUUUCAUAUAAAAUAAAGUUUUGUUGUCUAUAUGUAUUAUAAGAAAUAAACUAAUCUGUACAAAAAAAAAAAUAAAUCACAAUUUUUGGCUGCAUGUUUUUUUUUUUUUUUUGUAUGUUACAUGUGCAUGUGCGUUUUUUUUUUGUGUCCAAUUUUUAUUAUAAAAAUCAUUAGACAUAUAUGUAAAGACCCUUUUUAUAUUAUUAUUUAAAAUAUUGAUAGGGUUGGCUGAUUUAACUAUUAAAAUAUUUUACUCUGAAUAUCUAAUCAACCGGGCAUUUUCUCGUAUACAAUAUUGCACAGUUGAUGUCCGGCAUUAAUUCACUAUAGGGAAUAGUCUUCUGUGAAACAAGUAAAUCAACGUAAAUACAUAUAAAGUCAGAUAUUAUUGUAAACUUUAUAAAUUCUAAGUAUAUCUCUUCGUGCCAUAAUUUUAUCCAAUUUUCCUGGAUUCAUUUUAUAGCAAAUUCAGCGAAAUAUAUUAAAUUAAUUAAAUUCGUGACAAUUUUGUACGUAUCAUUAUUGAAGAUAAAUAUUUAAAAAUCUGCUGUGUGUACAUACAAGUUUAUAUUAAAUUUUGAAUUUUCUAGUGUAAACCUAUACGAAAGAAAGUAUUAAUAUUAAUUUAGAUAUAACGUAUACUACAAGGGGCUUCAUUACAAGGCUGAUGUCCAAUCAGAUCACAACUACUUUAAAAAAUAUGAUAUAAACUCAACUCCUUGUUGUGGAUUUGAAUCCCCACUUGAACGUGUCAAGGAGUAGCGUUGUCUGUCCUACCUUGUGGGUUUUCUCCUGACGAGUGGACGUUAAACCCACAUCUCUCUCUCACUAUAUCACGGUUACGCCCUAUAGAGAGAGGACUUGCUAUAAUACUGAUGUAGUCUUGGUUAUUGUCUACGAUAUCACAUAGGUUGGAAUAGACGUUAAAAUCACUUAGUUUGAAAAGGACGUUAAAAUCACUUGGGUUGAAGUGGACGUUAAAAUCACUUAGGUUGAAAUGGACUUUAAAAUCACUUAGGUUGAAACGGACGUUAAAAUCGCUUAGUUUGAAAAGGACGUUAAAAUCACUUGGGUUGAAGUGGACGUUAAAAUCACUUAGGUUGAAAUGGACAUUAAAAUCACUUAGGUUGAGGUGGACGUUAAAAUCACUUAGGUUUACACGGACGUUAAAAUCACUUGGGUUGAAGUGGACGUUAUAAUCUCUUAGGUUGAAAUGGACUUUAAAAUCACUUAGGUUGAAACGGACGUUAAAAUCACUUAGGUUGAAAUGGACUUUAAAAUCACUUAGGUUGAAACGGACGUUAAAAUCGCUUAGUUUGAAAAGGACGUUAAAAUCACUUGGGUUGAAGUGGACGUUAAAAUCACUUAGGUUGAAAUGGACAUUAAAAUCACUUAGGUUGAGGUGGACGUUAAAAUCACUUAGGUUGAGGUGGACGUUAAAAUCACUUAGGUUGAGGUGGACGUUAAAAUCACUUGGGUUGAAGUGGACGUUAUAAUCACUUAGGUUUACACGGACAUUAAAACCACUUAGGUUUACACGGACAUUAAAACCACUUAGGUUGAGGUGGACGUUAAAAUCACUUGGGUUGAAGUGGACGUUAUAAUCACUUAGGUUUACACGGACAUUAAAACCACUUAGGUUGAAGUGGAGCCGAAAAUCAUUUAGGUUAAAACGGACAUUAAUUCCGUAAGGUUGAAACAGAGGUUAAAUAAAGCUGUUAAACACACUGGACAAGAUCGUCUGCCAUAUCACAAUGGUGGAAGCACACCUGGUGUGAAACCAAACGUUACAUCCGCCGUGAAACCGCAACUGGACAAGAUCAUCCUCCUUGUAUUGAAGCCCUUGUAUAUAAAGAGAGAGUUUGAAUGUGUGUAUUAAGCUAAUAUAUGGAGAUAUAUGGUUUGGAUUAUAUAGAUAUAUAUAUAUAUAUAUAUAUAUAUAUGUUAAUAAAUCAUUAAAAAUCUUAAUAGGAUAGAUACACACAUAUAUAUAUAUAAAUUUUAAAUUAAAGGGACUAUCCCGAUUUGAAUUGAGUCUCAAAAAUAAAAGUCUGAGUACGUAUGAAAUUUAAACGCCCAAAUAUAGAGAAAUGGUGAAUUUACCUUGUCUCAAAAUAUCAGCUCAAAAUAUUAAGUCGUUUGGACAUGAAAGUCAAAAAUGCUUAUCUGGACACGUAACCCUUUUAAGAUUUCGGGUCAAUUUUUUCGUUGGGCGACCUGAUAAUCGAUUCCCGUUUAUUUAUAAAAGUCUGGUUUUAUCCAGACACCGUAUAAUACAGUUUUGACAUCGGUCUCCAUUUCCAGAUGACGACUGGCAGGUUUAAGUUGUUUGAAAACGUAUUACAAAUAUUGAGUUAGUUGCUCGGCUCUUAGGUAGAGAAUUUUAAGGGAUUUUAACACAAAAUUAAGCAGUUUUAUUCUCCAAAAUAUUAUCGGGAUUGGCCCUUUAAAAGAAAUAAAUAAUAACCCUUUUUGGGUAAUUGUUAAAGAGUAGAAAUAUGUAUAUAAAUUACAUUUAGAUUUGAUUCAUAUCUUUCUUAACAUAGUCUUAGUAGAGUCUUUGUAUCAGGUCGGUUGGAGAGGGUUGGAAAUCCCCACACCUCCAGUUACGACACUCUGACUACCCACCCCUCUCCUUAACUCAGAAUUGCUUAUAAAUGAUACCCCUUGUCAGUGGUGCAGGACGGAGGGCCUGACUUAGACAGCUGUCUAGUCGUUCAGUUGGUAGGAAAAACUGAGGUCCCAUGUACACAUUGGCAUGCACAUAACAGAUCCCAUGGCAGUUGGAAUUCGAUACAAGAGUAAGCCAUAGUGCCGCUGCCCAGGCAAAAUUUCCCUCAUAGCACACUGUAUGGAGUAUGCCCAUCUUCAGUUGGACGUUAAACCCUGUUUGAUUUAACUCCUCCCCCACUAACCGGCCUGGCAAUAGACAAUACCAAUAUUCUUACCUCUCCGUUUUCAUCGCUGGUGUUAGUUUUUAUUUUAUAGACAUUUAAGAAGUAUUAAUGACUAUGACCUAUUUAUUAUAUCAUAAAUAUUGGUUGACGGUUACAUUUUCUCUCCCUUUUUUUACUACAUCAUUGACCUGUGAAAUAUUAUCUUUAAAAUAUGUGUUCGGAUCCCAUGAACUGAAAGACAAAUCAAAUUGUCUACAUUGGUAUACAGGAUGGAAUUUAAAAAAUUUUGAAAAAAAAACUGGGUUUGAUUGGUUAAUAAUUUAAGUCUGCACUACACUAAAAUCUUCAGUUUUAAUCCUGAAUUUUCUUCUCUUUACUGAACUAGUUCAAUUAUAUACACACACUUAUUAGACUUUUUUUGAAUUGUGGGAAUCUUUUGGCUUAUAGUUCUUUAUCCAAAAACAGCAUUCACAUAAAAAUAUUUUUGUACGAACACUGCACCAUAACUAACUUUUCAAGAAUUCCUGAAUCUAAAUUUUCUUUCGACAAACCUUACUUGCAGGGGUUGUGGAUAGUUAGUCAAUUUAUGAAAUUUAAGACUAAUGUUCUGAGCUAUAAAAUUUAAGACUAAAGUUCUGAGUUAUUUAAGACUACAGUUCUGAGCUAUGAAAUUUAAAACUAAAGUUCUGAGCUAUGAAAUUUAAGAAUCAAGUUCUGUGUUAUUUAGGACUAUAGUUCUGAGUUAUUUGAGGGUGUAUUAUUGGCUAUCUUUGUUUUCUAUUUCAAUAUAUAAUGUACUGGUACACUACAUAAAUGGUAUUUCUUGCAGUAUAAAAAUACUAUGAAAUUUUAAGACUAUAUUUGUAGCGUGAAUUUUUGGCUAUGCAUCUUUAACGAAUUGUCUAAUGAUUGUAAAUUGUCAUUUCUCCGUCUGUUUGUUUGUUUUGUAAUUUCUUUAUAUUGAAAGCUGGCUUGUAAACUGCUAUAUAUGUAAAACAAUAAAUAAGCAUUCAGCAAGAUA